AUGAUGGAUGCAAUCCCAGUUUGGCUGAAGCAUAGCUGCUGUUCAAAGUUUGCAACCUCAGCACCAAGGCUGUUGUGUGCCCAUUCCAGUUUACUUCAUGCUUGUCUUCGCUUGCUGCUCGUUGCAUCGCUGGCCUUUCCAGCCACGGGAAAGCGAGUCAUCGAUCAGGAGAAGAUGCAGACCACGACGGAGACCACCACGACGGACACGCCUGGCAUGACUCUGGACAACGUGACCGCCGAUCCUUUGGCACCUGUUCUGCUCCAAACAGAAGGCUUGCACGCGUCGCCGGCCAAUGGUUGCGCCUUGCAUGGCUGGCACGGGGAGUACAAAACCGUCAAGGGAGCCACGGCGAUUACGGCGGACGUGUACCUGCGCAGCACCACCUUCAAGUUUAGCGCACAGCUCGUAAAGAGCAAGAAUCCCGGAAUGCUCGACAAGAUGCCGGGCCAGGCCGUAACUCAGGAAAACGGCGAUGUGCUGUUCACACACAAGACUUCUGAGCUCGCUGAGAAGAUCUGCUCGAUGGCCUCCUCGGAGUACGGUGCCACCUUUGGGGAGCUUUUCGAUUUCUUCUCGCCAGGCCACAUCCAGAAGUUUUGCACCAAACAGGCUGGGAAGAAGAUCGGAUCGGUGGCCAAGAUGCCUUUCACCGCAGCCCACGCGGGAUACAAGUCCAUCCAGAAUUACCUCUUCGGAUCCAAAUGA